CGCAGCAAUGAUGAUGGAGUGUAAAGCGUCAAAAUGUAACGGUCUUGACGCGAGCGUUGGUGUGUUUCAGUGUGUCCGUCUGCAGCUGCGCUGUAACCAGCAGGAGGCAGAAUUGAGCCGCAGAGAGCAGCAGUGCAGCAGGCUGAAGGAACGACUGCUCCAGCUCGCUGACGGGAUCCAGAACCGAGACCCAUACUUCGAGGUGCUGAACCUUCCACCGCCUGGCGAGCGAGGACAGCAAGAAACGAUGACAUCGUGCAGGUGUGCCACACAGUAAGUCAGGAUUGUGCACAUUCCUGUGUUUGUCAUGGCUCCGCCCUCAGCGGCUGUGCGGCCUCGCAGGUGGGAGGAGGUGCUGCUGCGUGUGAUGCUGGAGCGGCGAGAAGCCGAGUUGAGGGAGGCCAUGAAGCUGCGUCACGGACUCACAACGCUCCUUCACGCGCUCAGAGUGGACAUGGAGCAGACGCUGCUCGGCGUGGAGACCGGUGGCCAGGACGCUCGUGCAAUGAGUAGGCUGGAUCACGUGGAGGCGGAGCUCGGUGACCAUGUGACGGGAGGCGUGGUUCAGAGCUGGAUGAAGGUGCAGAGGAAACUACAGGAUGUUCUUUCUGAAGCUCCGCCUGCUGGUGGUACCAACCACGAUAAGAUCCUCGCUCAUCUCGAACAAGAACUGAGUGAAAGUCAACAGCUUGUAAAACUACAACAGCAAAUGCUGCAGGACAGCCUCGCCCCACCCAUCCUCUCGGAACUCACCGAUUCCUACUUUUUAGAGGAGUGGGAACGUCUUCAGGUCAGCUGGGCGCAGCUGGAAAGUCAGAGGCGGACUUUUGACAGCGAGAGGCGGGCCUUCACUGAGGCUGCCAUUCGGCUCAGCCGCGAGAGGUGUGACUUUGAACAGCAGAGGGCGUGUCUGCUGAAGCGAUGUUACUUCUGUGAGAGUCCGUCGACACCUAAAGAAGGAACUCAAAGUCUGGCUGUCGGUGAGUAGAAAUUAUGCAGGUUGUGUGAAUAAACUGUCUGAGAAUCACAGUGUGUGUGUGUGUGUGUGUGUGUAUCUGAUGCCACUUUUGUACCAUCCAGUGACGCCGUCACACAGUGACGUGCCGACCAACAGGAUUCCAGAUUUGUGUGGAGGAAGUGGACUCCGAAGCCCGAGCACGCCGGAGCUGUACGCUGCGCUGCAGCUGAGCUGUAGAGUUGGACAGCUGGACACUCAGGACAUGGACACGAUGCUGCGCUCCCCACAGGACCGCUCAUUUUAACCUGUUUGUGUUUUUAAUCCUUUUAACUCAAUAAAGUCCAGCGUGUCUUUAAAAUGACA